AUGUGGCGCCAAUGUCCGUAUGGCCUGAUCGUUGACUCCGCACCCACCGCAGCUUGCUUGGAGGGGUAUUCUCACUACCAAGAACCCCUGCGCUGCCGCAUCUUGCUUGUCAAGACGUCGUCCCUCACCGCACGCUACCCAGCCUGGCCGGACUCUCACGAGCAUGCCGCCUACAUGUCGCCUGGGAGCCUUUGUUUUGACACGUUUCCCGCCCCGGGGGCGCCCCCCCCGCGGAGCGCCGCCGAGCGCAGCGAGGACGAGAGAGACGGAAGGAGGACUGGGUGGUGUGUAGCAGCAGCAGCAGCAGCGGCACCGCCGCCGCCGCCGCCGCCAAACCUCUCCUGGGAGGGGUUCCUGUACGACGACGACGAUGACGGCGACGACCCCGAAGACCCCCUCCCCCUCCCCCCCCCCCCUGCUGUGUCCCGAGAAUAUGGUCAAGAUCGACGGGUUGACAGGGUCGCACAGGCUCCGAAUGCCGACGCUCAGGCCAGCCUGACUGGGCUGUCUGGAUGCAUUACUACCCUACCAAGCUCUGGCCCUGGAUUUCAGCUGUACCAUCAGCUGACCUCGCCUCAUGUCGUCUCUCUCCCAAGGUUGCACCGGAACGGCCGUUCGGACAAGUUCUGGGGCAUUGCCAGGGUUGGGGGGAGGGUUCUCAAUUCGAGCCAAGGACCUCUGCUGCUGCUUAAUCAAACACACUUGCGCCCGUAG